CCAGGCCCCAUUUCCCCAAGGCUCCCCAGCCCAUGCUCCUGCUCAGCACUGUCCUACAGCCUCAGCUGCUCUGAUGUUUGCUCCUCAGCCAGUUAAGGGAUGUGCUCCAAGUGGGGCACGAUAUGCAGUUGCAGCUGCGUCCAUGGAGCGGAGCUCUGCGAUGGCCUAGGGGGAUGGCAGUGCUGCUGCUGCUGUGUGCAAUGGCACGGCAUCUCUCAAAGCAACCCCUGCACUACGCACUCGCAGCCCAUCAGCAGCACGGCGCCCAUGGCAGCAGCUUGAGGGAGCCGUGGGCAGCGAAGCCUGCAUGUCCCCCGUCCCUGCCCACCCUGCUCAGACCCAGCCCUUGCUCCUGCUGCUCUUCCACUCUCCCCGGGAACCCCAUAGCUCCAACAGACAGCGGGAGCCAAGGAACCCCCAGGGCCAGAGCAAAUGGUCCCAUGGACCUCUGAAGGCCUGGCACUGCUGGGGGAUUGCACAGAGCACAGCUGAGCCAGGCACGCACAGCCACCCUGCAGCCUGCCCCGCACAGCCUGGUGCCUGCAACACGGAUGUGUCCCCACACACAUCCCACCACAGCUCUGCAGCAUUGCUCCCCACUCCGUGCGUGCUGGGAGGUGAUGCCGAUGCUCGCUGGGCAGGACGGGGUGGGCUCUGGGAAGCGGUGAUGGGAUGCAUAGGCUCACUGGGCUCUCCCGGGUGCCCACAUCGGGGAGCGCAGGAAGCAGGGUUGGGGAGCACCUCCCACAUCCCCCGGCCUGGCUGUUUGCGGGUCACUGGUGACCUGGAAAGGGAGCACUGCGGGGGAUGCGCCAGCCAUGGGCUGGGAGCCCAGCACGGCUCUGGGAGUCUCCCUUGAAAUGAAUUGUUCAUGCUCAGCGCUCCCACAGCCCUGGAAACUCACGCUGCCAUGGGCUGGUGCCCCCCAGCAGAUUUAAAUACCGACUGGCAGUCGCAGUGCCACAGCUCCCCCCAGCAGCACGAUGCCCAGCACCUGUGCCCUCACGCUGCUGCUCCUGGCCCUGUGCGCCGAGCUGUCGCCUGCCUCAGCCCAGCAGCACCGUGGGGAUCGCGGCAAUGCCCCCGCUGCCAGCCCCCCACCACGCCGGGCACAGCGGGGCCAGCGGCCGCCGGCCGCCCUGCCUGCCCCCAGCAAAGCAGGCAUGUGCCCGGCAGUGGGGAGCAGCCCCACACGCCCCACCAGGAGGUACUGCCUGUCUGACCACAGCUGCCCCGGUGCUGAGAAGUGCUGCCUUCUCCGGGAUGUGCGCACCUGCCUGCUCCCUGCUGCAGGUAUGGGGAGCUGUGGGGCUGCUGCUGCUGGACAAGGGACGGGUGCCACGGGUGAGCCGUGCUCCCCAGCACACAGUACUUCUUCCCUCACAGAGACCCUGGGCAGCCCCGGGGGGGUGAGCUGCAGGGUGAGCUGCUGCAACGAGACGGCGUGUGGCCAUGGGGAGAGGUGCUGCAUCCGCUGCCUGCGAGCUGAGCCAGCCAAAUCCGGCCUUUGCCCACGGAAGCGAGCCCGGCGUGAUGCUGUCUGCCCCAACCUGUGCACCGAUGACAGGGACUGCCCCGGGGACAAGAAGUGCUGCUUCUCUGGCUGUGGGCUGUCCUGCACCACCCCGUACACAGCAAAGUCUGGCGCGUGCCCCGUGGUGCUGCGGGGCUCCCUGGGCCCCUGCCUGGAGAGGUGUGACAGCGAUGCUGACUGUCCCGGGGCCAAGAAGUGCUGCACCACCGGCUGCGGCCACGUCUGCAAACUGCCCACCGAGGUGCGCCCGGGGCUCUGUCCUGCCACAUCUACCAGGGCUGGUGAGUGCCUUGUUCUAUGCCUGGAGGACAAGGACUGUCCACCCAGCCAGAAGUGCUGCCUGCAGGACUGCGGCCGUGUGUGUGUUCCCCCACUGCAGGGUAAGACCAACCCCACACCCUGCCCGCAAGGGACGGCACGGGGUGGGGCACCCAUCCUGCUCUGACCACCGCAUCCAUCUCUUCCAGGCACAGCCUAGCCCUGGCUGGGGGGGUUGCACUGGGAGCUGCCAAUUCGGGGCCAUUCCACCCCACUGCCAUCGCAGCACCCACUGCCCCACUGCUCCCAUCCCUCGGGCAGCACCUCCAGCUGAGGGGGCCAGCACUGUUUGACCCACUCUGGCUGAGGUCUCUGCCACCCCCACCUCCCACAGCUGUGCUCCAGGGACAAAGGCAAACCCCCACACCCAGCCCCUCUGCGUGUGCCAGACUGUGUAUGGCACGGACCCCCCCAGUCUGCCUGGAAACACUGACCCAGAAUAAACCAGCAUGUGGCAGCCCGGCUGCUCUGAGUGUUUUCUGUUGCCUGCGGUGUGCUGGGGGUUUCCCGUGGCGCAGGCACUGCAGGUGGACACGUGGCUGCAGGCAGCCCUGGGGCAGUGAGAGGAGGCCCUGUUUCCAUGCUGUGCCCCCCAGGCACCACCACCCCACUGUGAAGGUCCUGGGGAAACACUGCUGCUGUCCCAGCAGUCACGGACAGGAGUGCCAGAAACCUGUUGAUUCAGAUUCCUCGCACCAAGAAAGGGUUUAUUUGCAUCCUGAAGUGUGAAACUCGGGUUGGAAGCACAGUCAGGGGCAGAUGGAGCACUCAGCCUGGGGACAGGGCGAGAAGCAGCAGCCGUGUGCUGGGAGCCACGCAGCCCCACUCACUCCUAUCCUGGCCGAUCCCAUCACUGUGCUCCAUCCCCAGGCCUCUCCAGCCUCUGCUGUGCAGUACUGCGGGGAUGGCACCUGUGUGACCCCAGGUGCCCUGUCCCCGUCCCUGCCCCAGUCCCAUCCCCAUGGGUCAUCCUGACCCAAAAGCGCCGUGUGGCUGGAGAUAAGCAGCCGGCUGGCAGGGCACCCGUGGUUCUGGGAACAAUCCCGCCUCUCAUUCCUGCCUGCUCACCAUCAACCGUGCUGCAGCACCCCUGGCAGCUCCGCCAGAGACUUUAAACCCAGGACUGCCUCAGCUGUGUGUAUGCAGCAUCCCUGCAGCACCAUGUGCCUGGGGCUUUGCCUCCUCCUGGGGCUGCUCCUCCGGACAGAGCCAAGCACUGCACUGGGGGAGGAAGAUGGUGAGUACCGGCAGGGGGUUCUGGGCCAGCUCUGUCCAGGUGCACCCCGUGUGCACCUCCUGCCCCGCGUCCC